AUGCUAUUCGACAGCGACGAUGAGACACUCCUGAUGUUCUUAACGGAAGACGCGGACAGGGCCCGAAUGAGACGCUUGAGAAUUGUAAGGGAGCUACUGUUCGAAGACGAUGAAGAAGACGAAUCGACCUGGGCUCGAAUGAGGCGAUUCAGGCGACUUGGGCGCUUCGAAGACGACGAUGAAGACGAUGAAGACGAAGACGAAGAAGAAGAGGAGGAGUACGACGACCACGAAGAAGAAGAAUACGAUGACGAAGAAGAAGAAGAUGAAGAAGAAGACGACGAAGAUGUAGGGCUAGAGAAAGAGAUGGCUCGAGUGAAAAGAAGGUGGGAUGGAGAUGAAGACCAAGAACAAGAGGCGACUCGAGUCAAAAGGAUCAAAGAGGAAGAGCAAGAGUAA